AUGUCAUCAUCCCCCCUUGAGGUUCCCCAACCACUUGGCGUCUGCCAUCCCCACAUAUCUGCACCAAAAAUGAGUGGUUUUCGCAAUGUUAUGAAGGAUGGUUGGCACCCCAAGGGCAAAGAAGGUGCAAAGGAGAGCUGGCGUGGGGAUUUCAAAGGAAUUAACCAAGUGGCUGGGUGGAUGGGAAAGGGCAGGGAUGCCAACUCUGAGGAGAAGUCCGAACAUGUCUCCCAGCCCAUUUCAUCUCUCAAAGACCCAUCAUCUUUCGGACCUCCCCCCAAACACAUCAAUUACCACGGCGCAGCCGCGGUGCCUGUUCAGACCACUCCCGACCGCCGCGGCUUAGGGGCCCCUCUAUCCCGAGAUCAGAUCGAGACCCAGAACACACAUCACCAGCAAGCGGCCGCUGAGGAAGAAGAGUACCAGAAACCUGCUCCCCCUCCGGUCCCAUAUCGUGCAGAUACAACAGGCCUGUCUACAAGUAACCUACCUCCACCACCACGCCGUGUAGAUUCAGCAAGUCCGGCUUCAACAAACUCCUUCUCGAAACCAGCGCCACCGAAACCUCCACCCCGACUCCCUGCCCGAAAUGACUCUCCAAGCUCUGAGCCACCGCCUGCAUACUCUCCCGCCCCAGUGGUGUCCCACGACUAUAUCAACCAAGAUGCGUCGUCUCGUCUGGCGAAGGCCGGUGUUUCAGUCCCCGGUUUUGGAAUCGGGGAACAGGGCCGCCAAUCGCCCGCGAAUGCGCCCGUGAACGAGCUUCAGUCUCGCUUUUCGCAAAUGAACACCGGCUCGGGGUCUGCACCUCCUCCGCCUGUGCGGACUUCAACCACAGAUUCACAGCCAGGAAGCGGAUCCUCUAUACAGAACUUCCGGGAACGACAUGGAGACAAGAUCGAUGCCGGUAAACAAAAAUAUGGAGAUUUCCGCGAGCGCCAUGCAGACACAAUCGACUCGGGCAAGCAGAAGUAUGGUGAUUUCCGCGAGCGCCACGCCGAUACGAUCGAUUCUGGGAAGCAGAAAGUAGGAGAUUUCCGUGAGCGUCAUGCAGACUCUAUCGACGCCGGCAAGCAAAAGCUGGGCGGCGUUGCAUCUCGGUUCACAGGUUCCUCUGCGGCACCACCACCGCCACCUGCUCGGGAUUCAACCGGCUCGGAAGAGCCUGCGCGAAGCACGUCUUCCGUUCAAGAUUUCCGUGAGCGCCAUGCUAGCACAAUUGAUUCCGGAAAGCAAAAGUACGGGGAUUUCCGUGAGCGUCACGCCGACACCAUCGACUCUGGUAAACAGAAGUAUGGUGAUUUCCGCGAACGCCAUGCCGAUUCCAUCGACGCUGGAAAGAACAAACUCAGUGGCUAUAAGUCUCGCCUGACUGGCUCCGCAGCACCAACCCCGCCGGCUCGGCCCGAGUCUAGCACCUCGAGCAUGAACCUGGAGCCUGCAGAGCCCGCUCGCGGCUCAUCUUCGGUGCAAGACUUCCGCGAGCGCCACGCGGACAAGAUUGAUAUGGGCAAGGAAAAAUGGGGCGGAGUGACCUCACGCUUCAAUACCUUUGUGGAAGAUCGCAAAUUCUCCAACGACGCCAAUAAGCGUGUUCCCCGCCCGCCCGCUCGUCCCAGUCCCGGAUCAGCCGCGCCGAGCUCGUCCACGGAGGAUCUCCAGAGUCAAGCGCAGCGCAAGAAAGCGCCCCCACCUCCGCCCAAGCGCGCGGAGAUUCGGGCGCCCGCUGUGGAGGCAUCCUCCCCCGCGCCUCCCCCCAUUCCACUCGGCACCAAACCCCGCUGA